AUGCGGGCGGAGCCGUGGCUCGACUUUGGCUCUGACCACUCGACGUUUGGGAAGGUGGUUUGGGACACGCACGUCUACGUGUGCAACACGAACUCGCCCGAGUGGACGCGAGGCAACCGCGUCCUGGUCGGGGAGUGGGCGCUCGCUGGCGCUUCGUCCGCAGGCCGCAAGGCUGGCUACGGCGCCGGGGAGCUCGGGGCGGUGCUGGCGGUGAUUGCCGAGACGGUGGCCCGCCUGUACGAUGACGCCGGGGUCGACGGCCACUUCCUGUGGACCUUUGGCGGCGGAGGCGUGCGGGACAUGGGCAGCUGGCUGGCGCAGAACGUGGGCGGCACGGUGCACGAUGCAGUGGAGAAGGCGCAGGGCGUGCCGGGCGCGCUUGGGCGGGCGGCCAGCGCGGCGGGUGUGUUCCGCGCACUGUGGACGGUGCAAGGCGCCGGCGGGAAUGUUUUUAAGGUAAACGUGCAGGACUGCCGGUAA